AAUGCUGAAAAAUUCCAAAUUGAAAUUUACUGCAAGAUUCAGAUUGGAUGAUUUCAGAUUGAAGGACAAAGAAAUCACUUUCAACUCAUUACCAAAAUUAAAUGUUUGUGCAACCCAGAUAUUGCUAAAGGAAAGUGGAGGAAAACAUGAUGAAAAAGACAUCACAAUUCCAGAAACUGGAAGAAGAACUUCCAAAAUUUACAAACUAUCAACAAAAUCAUUACACAACAAUGUAUUAUUGGGUGUGACUUUCUACAACAAAAUGGAACUACCCUUGACUUCUGUAAGAGGCAGGACUCUCACAAUGAAAAAGAAUGAGAGUCAAAUACAUACCCUUCAGACAACAAUUGAACAAGAAAAUCCUAAGAUGAAGCAAAAAGUUGCUCAAAUUCUGAAGAAAUAUAAAGAAACUAUUGCAGAAGACAGAUUUGAUAUUGGCAAUCCAGAGGUACCACCUCUGGAAAUGACUCUUGAACCAGGUUCAACACCAUAUAGACAAAAGCCAUAUAGAAUGCCUCCUCAAAAACAAGAAGAAUGUAAACAACAAAUAGCUGAGUUGGUAAAAAGCAAAGUUAUUCAACCAAGUAAGAAAGAAGGAAGAUUAGCUGUCCUACUCAACUAUGGCAUAAAGAAAGAUAUUUCAUACCAACAAUCAAAAAUCAAGCAAGUAAUCAGUUCACUGAAACAGAAGCAGGCCAGGCGCUCCCAUCAGGACCCCAGGACCUGGGAAGAUAACCUGGAAACAACCUCCCCUGGAACCAUCCAUCUACUCCUCAACAUUGGAAGACAGUUUAGUAAUUUGGCAACCUGCUUUUACGAACUAUCUACUCUGCUAUUGAACUCUCAUAUUGUUACUUGCUUAAACUGCAGUCUAACUGCCUGUGUAGAUCCUGAAUUUUCUGGUUGUUUGGAAACUGCUCAACAACGCCCUAUGUCAUUUUCACAGAAAGCAAUUCCAUGUCCAUCUGGUGAAUUAGAAUUUAAUGGAAAGCAGUGUUUUACUAAGACAAAUGAAUGUAAUCCUAAUAAAAAUGAUACUCCACAGCAAUGUCCUGAUGGCUAUUUUUAUACUCCAUUUGUUAAUACCAGAGAAUGUAGUGCUCAAAUGUGUGUCCCACUUAAAGAUUCAAAGUGCCCCAUUGCAGGUGGUUGGAGUGAAUGGUCAAUCUGGUCUGACUGUGAGCCAGAAUGUGGUGGUGAUGGUAUUCAAACAAGGAGAAGAGAUUGUAACAACCCUAUUCCUGAGAAUGGUGGACCUGAAUGCCCUGGCACUCCAAUUGAUAUAAGAGAAUGUAAAUCUCCUAAUUGUACAGAACCUGCAAAUCCAGCAUUUAUGGUAUCAUUGCAAGAGACAACACAUGUUAAUGCUGAAAACAUUCAGUGGAGCUCUAUUGAUGUAAAUGAUGAUAAUCUAUAUAAUUCAGUGACAAAAGAAGUACGAAUUAAAAAGCCUGGAAUGUACUUUUUUUCUAUAACAACAAGAACUGAAAAAGGUACUUAUAUGGGAUUGGAGAAUUCUGGUGUAACAGUAGGUCUAUACAAAAGGAUAAUGUAUACUCACAGAACCACAACUAAUACAAUUUCAAGAAGUGCUUUAUAUUUCUUAAGCAGUAUACAUAGACCUUUUAUUAACCAUUAUAAAAACAAUUCCAUUCUAUUUGGAACAGAAAGAGGAAAGGAAACAGCUUGGGUUGGUUUUAGAUAUGAAACCAAUAAUUAUAUUUGUGCUGCUACUGAUAAAAUAUCUCUUGCUUCUUCAAAACCUUUAGAUAUUGUCAUUGCUCUGAGAGGUUUUACAAUGUCACCAAGCAAGCAAAUUAUAUAUUCAAGGCAAGCUGGUUUAUACUAUAUCAAUUUUGGUGGUGGAAUUAAAUAUCAUCAAAGUGAUCAUAAAAUUGAAAUUUCUACAAAUAAUUUUAUAGGAAAAUAUUCUAUAAUACAUUCCAAAAUAUACUUUGGAGGCUAUAGGCAGCCUACAUAUCACUUGUCUAGAGGAUUUUUGCACAAUAUGAAAGCACAUGAACGAUUGCAGCUUCAUGGAAGCAGACAUUAUACAAGUCCCAUGUUAGAAUCAUACAUAACGGCAUUUCAGUUGAAUGAAUCGUUGCCAGCAGUUUUUGGUUAUAACAAUCUAACACAAUGUUCUUCAACACUUAAAACAUUGACAUUUGAUACUAUAGCAAUAGACACAUCAAAUUCAUGGAAUAGAGCAGGAGUUUUUACAGCACCAAUCAAUGCAACUUAUUUUAUAGAAUUGAGCAUAGUAGCCCAUCAAGCUGAGGCUCAUAUUGAAGUAAACAAUGGGAUUGCUUUUACAUUACACAAGAAUAACAAUCAUAAUAGAUAUGCUGAGCUAGUAUCCAGAACAGGCCUUGUGAAAUUAAAAGUAGGAGACACUUGCAAAGUAAUGUAUAGAGGUUGCGUGGAAAAUACAGAUAUGUGA